AAAUGCGUUCUAUAAUAAAUUAUUAUCCACUGAAAUCCAUUCAGCUGAGAACUAAUAACUUCAUUUGCAGUUUUGCCACUUCCUAAAUUAGGUAAAAAGCUGCAUCAAACACCUGCAGAAAACUGAAAAGUUUCUAAAAAUAGUACUACUGAUCAUCAGAAGAAAAAAAAAUGGAAAGUGGCCUGAGGUCUAAUUCAGCUCCAAAAUUGGAAAGAAAAUAUGUGGAGAAGAAUAGAAGGAACAAUAUGAAGAACCUCUACAAUCAGCUUUAUUCCCUGCUCCCUAAUCAUGCCUCUAAGGAAACAUUGGCAUUGCCUGAUCAAUUAGAUGCAGCAACAAACUACAUAAAAAGCUUAGAAACCAAAUUGGAGAAGAACAAGACGUACUUAGAAAAACUAAGGAUUAGCUGCAGAAAGAGGCCUCGAUCAUUCAAUGCAACUGAUUCUGAGCCCAGCUCAAGCACCGAAUUAUUGAUCCCUCAGAUUGAAUUUCAUGAAAUGAGUCCAACUAUGUUCGUCGUUUUGAUCACUGGCCUUGAUAAUUUAGCUACAUUUUAUAACAUCAUUUGGUUAUUACAUGAGGAAGGUGUUGAAGUUGUAUAUUCCAACUUUUCACUCAAUGGAAAUUCUACGUUGCAGAUUUCUCUUGAAACUAAGAUGGACAGGAAAUCAACAAUGGAAUUUAGAGCUACAACUCUGUUUGAUUAGUUGAAGGAAUUGCUUUAUGGAUCAUCUUGCAGCAAUAAUAUGGAAUCCCAACUACAUUUAUGGGAAUACAUAUUUGAAUCUGAACUGUUAGGACUUGAUGCAUUAGAAUUUUUACCAAUAGCAGGUCAAAAUCCAACCUCGCAAUAUAAUUACAUGCAAAAUGUUUAAGAAAUUCCUAGCUCUUUCUAAAGCUGAAGUAGCUUCUCAUUCAAGAGGCAAAUGAUUGAGAUCAUGUAAAAUUUCUCUCCAAUUUUGGUAUCUUAGCUCUGUCUUAAGUCUUAA